AUGGAAUAUGUAGAUGAAGUGGUGGAUUAUUCCGAUACCAAGGAGGAAGUUAUUCACUUAGCUCCCGCCGCCUUGGACGACACACCACCUCAAGUCCGCGACCCCAUUUCACAAGUUGACGUAGGGACUACAGAAAAGCCCUUACUUAUUUCUAUCAGUGCCAAGUUGGCGGAGGACGAAAAGGAAACCCUUCUUGCCCUGUUAUGCGAGUACAGGGAUUGCUUCGCCGACAAAUACGAAGACAUGCCCGGCCUGUCCCCGGUCUGCCACCGGUUACCAACUUAUCCCGACCGACGUCCAGUACGGCAGGACGGCCGAUUCAUGCGAACUGAGACUCAGAUCGUAGUCAAGGAAGAGAUUGAAAGCAUGCACCGAUCGGGCAUCAUUCGCGUGGCAAAGUAUAACGAGUGGCUGUCCAAUGUUGUCCCCGUCCGCAAGAAAAAUGGCAAGAUGCGCGUCUGUGUUGAUUACCGCGACCUAAACAACGCAACACCGAAGGAUAUAUACCCCAUGCCUGUGGCUGACCUACUCAUUGAUGCCGCUGCGGGGAGGUGUUAUCAUUUAUGGAUGGAACGGCCGGAUACCAUCAGAUUCCCGUCGCUGAGGAGGAUCGACACAAGACCGCUUUCCGCUGCCCUGGUUUUGCCGGCGCGUUCGAGGUGCAAGCUGCGCCAUUACAUGCUUGCUUUUACCACGGUUGUGAUCGCUCAAUCCGACCUGGUCAAGUACAUGCUCUCUCGCCCUAUCUUGCGGGGACGCAUCGGCAAGUGGAUCUUAGCCAUGUCUGAAUUCUCGUUGCAAUAUGUUCCGCAAAAGGCAGUAAAAGGACAGGCAAUAGCAGACUUUCUCGCUCAUCACCCACUCUCAGAGCUCACGGCGUUUCGCGAGUUGGAAUUCGCUACCGUGACACUCGCUCCAUGGACCCUGUACUUUGAUGGUUCGCGGACUGACACUGCAGCCGGAGCUGGGAUAGCCAUAGCCAAUCCCGCCGGAGACCGCUUCUCCUACUCGUUCCAGCUCGAUUUCAAGUGUACCAACAACCAGGCUGAGUACGAGGCGCUGAUCAUCGGCCUAGAGAUUUUGUUGAAUUUAGGAGUCCGCGAGGUUCAGAUCUUUGGCGAUUCUUUGUUGGUCGUUAAUCAGCUGGUGGAAAAGUUUAAGUGCUUAAGCUCGUCAAUUGAGCCAUACCUGCGCAAGGCAUUUGAGGUGUUGGAUCGAUUUGACGACGUCUACAUCGAGCACAUUCCACGCGAGUUCAAUUUCGCCGCCAACGAGCUCGCCCAAGUAGCGUCCGGUCUCAGCCUGCGCGACGGCGUGCGCGAACGUUUGCUCAAAGUCGAACGCCGUACGCUUCCCUCUUUCAUCGCUAGGGGGCAAUUUCAGGCCUACACCCCCGAAGUUGCGGCCUUGGACCCUAUCGACGAGGAUUGGCGGCUACCAUUUAUCGCCUACCUCCAGAACCCCAACGACGCCGCUCACUCCAGACAAAUACGUUUCCUCGCCUUAAACUUUGUUUUACGCAAUGGCGAACUCCGGCGGCGUGGGGAAGACGGAAACGAUUUCCGCUGCGUGUAUGGGAACGAAGCUAAACGUAUCAUGCGCGAAGUCCAUUGUGGGGUUUGCGGUUCGCACCAGGCCGGGCCCAAAAUGCGAUGGUUGAUCCGUCGCUAUGGGUACUACUGGCCAACCAUUCUGAAAGACUGUAUUGCCUUCGCCAAAGGUUGCCAAGACUGCCAGGCUCACGGACCAGUGCAACAUAUUCCCAACAUCCCGUUGCAGCCUAUCAUUAAACCUUGGUCAGGUCGCGGUUGGGCGAUAGAUUUCGUUGGCAUUAUUCAUCCCCAUUCUUCUGAGCAGCAUAAGUUCAUUAUCGUCGCCACCGAUUUCUUUACCAAGUGGGUCGAGGCCGAACCACUCAAGGUUGCCUCCGCCAACUCGGUUCGCAACUUUAUUUUCCGCAAUAUCAUCUCUCGCUUUGGUAUCCCGGAGUGCAUCGUUACGGACAGGGGGGCAGCUUUCAUGGCUGAUUCAGUUGUUAAGUACUUAAACGACUACGGAAUCAAGCUUCUCCACUCUACGCCAUAUUAUGCACAGUCCAACGGCCAGGCGGAGGCUAGUAAUUAG